CCACUGCGGAAGAGCGCAGCCCGGCAAGCCCCGGCCCUGAGACUGGACCCUCAGCUGAGCCUGGAAGCACCGCCGCCUCGCCUAGCCGGACGUCUCCGCCUCCUUCGCUCUCAGCCUCUGCUGGAGAGACCCACAGCCCCACCAUUCAGCGCGCAAGAUACCCUCCAGGCCCUCAUCACCUUUUUUCAAGUCAAGAUUUCAUCCCAUACACGCAUGACUCAAUCAGAUUUGGAAAUGUGGAUAUGCCCUGCGUGCAAGCCCAGUAUAGUCCAUCGCCUCCAGGUUCCAGUUAUGCAGUGCAGACUUACAGCCCAGAGUACACCGCGGAGAUCAUGAACCCCGACUACGCCAAGCUGACCAUGGACCUCGGCAGCACCGAGAUCACGGCCACGGCCACCACAUCCCUGCCCAGCUUCAGUACCUUCGUGGAGGGCUACUCCAGCAACUACGAAUUCAAGUCCUGCCAGUACCAAAUGCAGCCCCCUGGGCCCAGACCCUUGAUCAAGGUGGAAGAGGGCCACGCUCAUGGCUACCACCACCACCACCACCCCCACCACCCCCACCACCACCAUCAGCAGCAGCCGCAGCAGCAGUCAUCCAUUCCACCCCCCUCCGGACCGGAGGACGAGGUGCUGCCCAGCACUUCCAUGUACUUCAAGCCAUCCCCGCCGUCCACCCCCACCACGCCGGGCUUCCCCCCGCAGGCGGGGGCGCUGUGGGACGACGCGUUGCCCUCCGCGCAGGGCUGCAUCGCGCCGGGCCCCCUGCUCGACCCUGCGAUGAAGGCGGUGCCCACGGUGGCAGGCGCGCGCUUCCCGCUCUUCCACUUCAAGCCCUCGCCGCCUCACCCGCCCGCGCCCAGCCCGGCCGGCGGCCACCACCUGGGCUACGACCCGACCGCCGCCGCGCUCAGCCUGCCUCUGGGAGCCGCCGCAGCAGGCAGCCAGGCCGCCGCGCUCGAGGGCCACCCGUACGGGCUGCCGCUGCCCAAGAGGGCUGCCACGCUGGCCUUCUCGCCGCUCGGCCUCACAGCCUCUCCCACCGCGUCCAGCCUGCUGGGCGAGAGCCCCGGCCUGCCGUCGCCGCCCAUCCGGACCUCGUCCUCCGGCGAGGGCACGUGUGCUGUGUGCGGGGACAACGCUGCCUGCCAGCACUACGGCGUUCGCACCUGCGAGGGCUGCAAGGGCUUCUUCAAGAGAACGGUGCAGAAAAAUGCAAAAUAUGUUUGCCUGGCAAAUAAAAACUGCCCCGUGGACAAGAGACGGCGAAAUCGAUGUCAGUACUGCCGAUUCCAGAAGUGUCUCAGUGUCGGAAUGGUUAAAGAAGUGGUCCGUACAGAUAGUCUGAAGGGGAGGAGAGGUCGCCUGCCUUCAAAACCAAAGAGCCCGUUACAGCAGGAGCCUUCUCAGCCCUCUCCGCCUUCUCCGCCACUCUGUAUGAUGAACGCCCUUGUCCGAGCUUUAACAGACUCAACGCCCAGAGAUCUCGAUUAUUCCAGAUACUGUCCCACUGACCAGGCCGCCGCGGGCACGGAUGCUGAGCACGUACAACAGUUCUACGACCUUCUGACAGCCUCCAUUGACGUAUCCAGAAGCUGGGCAGAAAAGAUCCCCGGAUUCACUGAUCUCCCCAAAGAAGAUCAGACAUUACUUAUAGAAUCAGCCUUUUUGGAGCUGUUUGUUCUCAGACUGUCCAUCAGGUCAAACACUGCUGAAGAUAAGUUUGUGUUCUGCAAUGGACUUGUCCUGCAUCGACUUCAGUGCCUUCGUGGAUUUGGGGAGUGGCUCGACUCCAUUAAAGACUUUUCCUUAAGUUUGAAGAGCCUGAACCUUGAUAUCCAAGCCUUAGCAUGCCUGUCAGCACUGAGCAUGAUCACAGAACGACAUGGGUUAAAAGAACCAAAGAGAGUGGAGGAGCUAUGCAACAAGAUCACAAGCAGCUUAAAGGAUCACCAGAGUAAGGGACAGGCUUUGGAGCCCACCGAGCCCAAGGUCCGGGGUGCCCUGGAAGAACUGCGGAAGAUCUGCACCCUGGGCCUCCAGCGCAUCUUCUACCUGAAGCUGGAAGACCUGGUGUCUCCACCUUCCAUCAUCGACAGGCUCUUCCUGGACACCCUGCCUUUCUGAGCAGGGGCAGCCUGAGCAGGGAGCCGCCUGUCUGCUGGCACCUGCUUGCUCAGAGGCAGAGGGAUGGGUCUGGACACCUCCCAUGCCUGUCCGUCCUUAAGAGAAAAAAGCAGCUCCUGACAAAAAGAAAGACUUUUUUUUUGGUUUCUGGCGCUUUUCUUUACAACCUAAAGCCAGAAAACUUGCAGAGUAUUGUGUUGGAGUUGUGUUUUAUAUUUAGGCUUUGGGGUCGGGGCGGGAGGGGG